AUGGUCCUUCUACAUAAGAAUACACACAUCUUCCAGAACGAUUUCCGCUCCGUUUCAUGCGCCUUCUUUAACAGAUACCCGAAUCCAUAUUCCACUCAUGUGCUAUCGAUAGAUACGCUUUCUAGGAAAUUAGAUCUAAAGAGUGGGAGAUUAUAUUCAACAAGGUUACUUCGGAAGAAGGGGAAGUUACCUCGAUGGACUAGUACUUUGAUUGGUCGGAUUAGUGACUCUUGGAUUGUUGAGCAUUCCAUGGUGGAUCCGAAACUAUUGAUUAUGGAAACAUAUACUAGAAAUAUCGACCAUACGAAGAUUAUUAAGGUGGAAGAGUAUACUACUUAUAAGUAUGAUGAAUUAAAUAAGAAUACGGUGGUGGAAAGUCGAGUUAAAUUUUGUAGCGGGUUUGAAUUGGGUAUUAAAAAUAAAGUAGAACAUUGGUCACGAAAUAAGUUCGAAGAAAGUGUUAAGAGAAGUAGAGAGGGGAUGUCUUUUGUUAUGAAGAAGUUUGAAGAGAAGAACAAAAGAAUAGAGGAAGAGUUAGUUAUUUAA